AAGCUUUGAGUGUGACGCUCACCGUAGAAGGAUUGCCCACCACCUGCAAGCUGCCAAGCCGCGGCAGACGGCAGACGUGCGCCUUUUGAACGCUGUUUAUGGUGGAGCAGCUCCAAGGAGGCUCCGGCGUAUGGACCUUACCCGGUGAGGUUCUAUGCUGUCGAGCAAGCCGGCCCCAAAGCCACCCGGAGCAGGCGAUGACAGAGGUCCUACAAGAGAGGACGGCCAUGAUUCUGGGUAUGAACCCUCGGACGCUUCGUGCGCGACGGCGCUGGUACAUGUACAUGUGGCCGCAGAAGAGGCACUGGGCUUUAGUCCUCCAGCCUUUCGGAGAACCAUUUACAGCCAGGCUGGUAGAUGACUUUGUGCACAAUGCGCAGCGCUGUUUCAACACGGAGGUGGCUUCCUCCCAAUUCUUCCUGGUCUAUGAGCUGCUUUUGGAUCAUACAGAACCCUUCCUCAUGCUCAGUGUGAAGCCCGACUUCAACCCGGAGCGCAAGAAUGUGUGGGCGCUGGGCCUCAGCGGGCGCUUGAACCUGCUGGAGCUGCAAGCGAGGGCGCGCGAGGUGGCUAGCCACUACAGGUGUUACAGCUUCAUCGGCGCCAAUUGCCAGCACUUUGCGGCGGACCUGGCGGUGCGCCUGGGCGCUCCCUCGAGGAUUUCGCCCGACGACGAGACCGUGGCCCUUGCCGCCACUGACACCGCCCUCCCGGUGGGCGUGGUGGGCGCUUGUGUGGCGGCGGCGGCUCAGGGCAUCUCCGGAGCUCCACUGGCCUGGGGACCGGCCCUGAACACCGUGGCCGUCUCCGCCUCCGCCGUCGGCCUGGUGGGCUGCGCCGCCCUCAUCGGGGUUGCGGGCAUUUACAAGCUCCUCCGCGAUCAGAGCCGGCAGUCUGCUCCGGCGGCGAUGCUGGCAGGCGCGCACAUGCUGGCGCGGUCCGCUUCCAGCCGGCUGCUUUCGCUGUCCAACAGCCGGCCGGUGAUGUCGAAGUCUAUGCCAUGCUUGCGGAAUUUCGAGGAUGUAACAGACUCUGAGACCGAAGACGAGGAGGAUGUUGAUGAUAGGUGGGCGGGCGCCAAAGACCAAGACUGGUUGGCUUCCACCUUCGUCCGCAUCGCUUCCAGCUGAAUCUGGCCGAGCUUUCCGACCGAAACCUCCUGAGCUUGGGGUCGGGGACUCAUGUGGCUGAGGUUGUCAAAACCCCACAGCCAUGUGACCCUUUGGAGUAAGAGACAUUCUGACAACGAGCCAUAUGCGAGGUUUCGGUGCUAUCUCAGUACCGCCUGUAAAGACUCCAUGCAUGCAGGGAUGCUCCUCGAUGAACACCAGCUCCGUUUGCAUGCCUUGCAAAAGGCCUUCUUGUGGGCCUUCAAUGCUUACCCACAUCUUGCAGUGUCCUCCUUUCUCUGUCAUUGUCCCGUGCCCCACGUUUUUCGGCUGGGGCUCGGAUUUGUUGGGACCUGCAUCGCCCUCGUGAUCUUUCCUAAUCGGUGAAGAGGCGGGCGAGGCGAGCCUUCCGAGACAUGUCCCUUUUCUUGCUGGUUCUCAGCAGGGAAUGAGUUGGAAUGAC